UCAAAUACAACCUCUCUCGUCCAAGCUAAACGCAGGUCGGAUGUACACGAGACAAACCUGAAGGACUUUUAAAAGUCUUGUUUUUUCGUCCACUGCCGGAGCGCUCGUGGUUGCGCGCAGAGAGGAUGCUUUUGUCUCUUCACCUCACACCUGGAACAAGGAAACACUGAGAGCUUGUUUUUGUUGUUGUUGUUGUUGUUGUUGUUUGUUGUUUUUUUUGAGAGAGAGAGAGAGCUUUUUUGCUCAUGACCUCAGAAGUAGAGAAGUGAGAGACUUAAGUUAUUUCCUUUCCUCACUUUGGCGGAGUGCCAGUGGAAUAUGCGCGUUUGGCUCCAUAACCGGACUUGACGUGCGUUUAAAGUGCGACCUGUGGCACCACCUGUGACACCAGCAGGCACCACUACAAGAGUCAAUUGGUUGUCAACUGUGUUUCGACAAAACGUUGCAGCUGCAAAUCGGAUUUUGCACCGUGAAGUGAAAACAGGCAUUCAACAGCUGCACUUACAUACAUACAUAUAUAUAUUUUUUUACAUUUCCCACCCUUGUUUUCUCCAUUUUUUGCCUUAUUUUUGAAAAGAAAAACCCUUCAUUGUCACAAGUUGCUGACAACGCAAUAACAACUCCUCAUCAGAUAAGUGCAGCACGUGUCGGUCAACGUAGUUUUUACGCACAAGGAGACGCUCGAGCUCAACGCGAGACAAGCGCACAGGGAGAGCUGCGGGAGGAAGAGAAGACAGCCAAAAAAAGCCGGGUAGCCCAAGUCCAGCCAUCAACAUGACGGACGGUCCAAGACAGCGAGGCAGCACGUCCGGCUCUGCCAAGGAUGCUGCCGGUGAGAAGGAGUCCGGAGGAGGAGUUGCGCUCAAGAAGGAGAUCGGGCUUGUGAGCGCCUGCGGUAUUAUUGUUGGUAACAUUAUUGGCUCAGGUAUCUUCGUCAGUCCGAAGGGAGUGAUGGAAAACGCCAGCUCCGUGGGCUUGGCCCUGAUCGUCUGGAUCAUCACGGGCAUCAUCACCGCUAUUGGGGCGCUGUGCUACGCCGAGUUGGGCGUCACUAUUCCCAAGUCGGGGGGAGACUACUCCUACGUCAAGGACAUCUUCGGAGGACUGGCUGGGUUCCUGCGUCUAUGGAUCGCCGUGCUGGUGAUCUACCCGACGAACCAGGCUGUGAUCGCGCUGACGUUCUCCAACUACGUCCUGCAGCCCCUCUUUCCCACCUGCUUUCCACCAGAGAACGGCCUGCGCCUGCUGGCUGCCAUCUGCCUCUUGCUGCUAACAUGGGUGAACUGCUCCAGCGUGAGGUGGGCCACCAGAGUGCAGGACAUCUUCACAGCCGGCAAGCUGCUGGCCCUCGCCCUCAUCAUCAUCAUGGGCAUCGUGCAGAUCUGCAAGGGAGAGUACUACUGGCUGGAGCCAGCCAACGCCUUCGAGCCCUUCCAGGAGUAUGAUGUGGGUUUGAUAGCCUUAGCCUUCCUACAAGGCUCCUUUGCCUAUGGAGGAUGGAACUUCCUCAACUACGUCACGGAGGAGCUGGUGGACCCCUAUGUGAACCUUCCUCGCGCUAUCUUCAUCUCCAUCCCCCUCGUGACCUUCGUUUACGUCUUUGCCAACAUCGCCUACGUCACGGCAAUGAGUCCGCAGGAGCUUCUCGCCUCAAAUGCUGUUGCCGUGACGUUUGGUGAGAAGCUGCUGGGCGUCAUGCAGUGGAUCAUGCCCAUCUCUGUGGCUCUGUCCACCUUUGGGGGAGUCAACGGUUCCCUCUUCACAUCUUCACGAUUGUUCUUUGCUGGAGCCAGAGAGGGACACCUCCCCAGUCUGCUGGCCAUGAUUCAUGUGAAACGCUGCACUCCCAUCCCGGCUCUGCUCUUCACGUGUUUGUCCACCCUGCUCAUGCUGUGCACCAGUGACAUGUACACGCUCAUCAACUAUGUGGGCUUCAUCAACUACCUCUUCUACGGAGUCACUGUCGCCGGGCAGAUUGUCCUGCGUUUCAAAGAGCCUAACAUGCACCGGCCGAUCAAGAUCAGCCUGAUAUGGCCGGUCAUUUACCUCAUCUUCUGGGCCUUCCUGCUCAUCUUCUCCCUUUACUCUGAGCCCGUGGUGUGCGGCAUCGGCCUGGCCAUCAUGCUCACAGGCGUCCCCGUCUAUUUCCUGGGAGUCUACUGGGACAAUAAGCCACAGUGCUUUGACACCUUCGUUAAUAAGAUGACGUACGUGGGCCAGAAGUUCUGUGUGGUGGUUUAUCCGGAACAAAGUAGCGGCAGCAGCGGAGAGGAAGGAGAGGAAAUGACGGAGGCCAGGUCUCCUCUGUCCAAGCAAGACGGAGAAAACCACAAGUCAGCGGACUGCUAAAGCACAUGUCUUUAUCUCCCGCCCACUCCCAAUCAAACAGACGUACGCAGCAGACGCACACGUGGGCGUGCACACAACAUACACCACCGUUUGUAGUGGAUUUACUGAUCAACACUUGUGCUCCAAAACUUUGUCUUUAACAGUUUUUACUUGGUUUUAUUAUCACAUGAAUCAUUCAUUUCUGUACCAAAUAUGGUUAUGACAUGAUUAGGGGCCGUAUUUUUGUGGAGGUGCAACGACCAGCGCAAGCAGAGCUCUGACUGUUUGGUGUUUUCCUGACUUUGAAACUCACUUGGCGCAUCUGUGUGGUAUUUUGGUGACGGCCAGCACAGAGCGCACGCUGCACAGGUGGGAGGUUCGUUCAAGUGAAGCAUCGCAAAGACAGUUAUUGUGUUUUGGUUGUCAAUUUAUUUCAAUUAAACACUCUCCAACCAAAAUUGGC